GAUCAACUCAAAAAGGCAUCGUCUUGAAUACUUACUCUCAAACGUGCCAUUGAGUAAUCACUGCUGCAAUUUGCGCCAUUGGUGCCUGCAGCACCCAGGAACAUUCGGAUGUCUGUUAUAGGAACUCCGAACCAUAAUGUUGCACAAUAGCUCUCCAUCUUAAAUGCCACCAGUGUCCUGCCGCAGCGCAUCGGACGGGAAGACAGCACGAGCCUGCGUCAACACACUCUUUCCGGCCAAGAUGAAGCUCUCUCUGCUAUCCAUCGCCGCGGCUGCAACCGUUGUCAGUGCAGUAUAUCAGGGGGACAUUGUUUACUACUGGGUAGAUCAGUCGGCGACAUUCGUCAAUGGGACCAUCAUAGGGGGUCUGCAGUCCCCUCCGUCCGCAUGGGCCCAGGCCAUUGUGCAAGCGGCCAUCUACCAAGCGGCAGUCAAGUCCAAGCACGAAAGUCUAGAGUUCCAGCAGCUGGCCGUCUCUCACGCGGCCCACAACGCCGCUCUCUGGAUCUUCCAUGGAACCCGACUGUACAAUGCCGUCGACGCAGCCCUGCGCGCUGUCAUCCCCGCCAUCGGCCUCGAUCCUGCUUCGCCAAAGGGCAAAGAAGCCGUCAGCAUCGGCCAGACCGCCGCAGCCAAGGUGGCUCGUGCCCGCUCCGAUGACAAGCUCACCAACUUUGUCGACUUCACCUACGGCCCCAAGGAGCCCGGCGUCUACCAGCAGACUCCCGGUUCCAACCCGCUUCCGGACACACCGCAGGCCAGAUACGUACACCCCUUUGCUGGUUUGGGUGAGGUCUCCGAGUUUAGGGCUCCUCCCCCGCCGGCCAUCAACUCGACAACAUACGAAGAACAGGUUCGGUACGUAAAGGAGCAGGGAUCGCUCAACUCUACCGCCAGAACCCCCUACGACACCGAGACGGCCUACUUCUGGCGCGAGUCGUCCAUUUCAUCAUGGAACCGCCUCGCGGGCGCCAUUAUCGGCAAUAAGCUAGACACCAAAGUCGUCGAUUCGGCCAAGUUCUAUGCCCAGCUCAACUAUGCCCUCGCCAACGCGGGUUUUGCCGCCUGGGAUACCAAAUACGCCUACCAAGUCUGGCGCCCCGUCACGGCUAUCCAGCACCCGACCCCCUGGGUCCAUUCCGGCGCCGACAUCUCCGAUUCCAACUGGACCCCGCUGCUCCGGCCGACGCCCCCCCAUCCGGACUACGUCUCGACGCACGCCACGUUUGGGAGUGCGGCAUCGACCGUGCUGCGUGAGGCGUGGAACGGCGGCUCCGAUGCCAUCGACGCCACGUUGAGCAGCAACGUGACGCUCGAUAACCGCGGCGUCAUUACGCGGCGCUUUACGAGCCUGAAGGCCGCUGCCGAGGAGAACGCGCGGAGUCGUAUUUUUGGCGGGGUGAGUUACCUUGUUGUGUCGAACUCUUUUGAGCUGAGUUGACUGACAUGGACUUUCUGGACAGAUUCACUUCUCAUUUGCUGGAGUCGAGGGUAUUGCGUUGGGGGAGAGGGUUGCCCUCGCGACUCUCAAGAAGUUUGAUGCGAACUGGGACAAAUUCUGAGCCGCUGACAGCGAUGUCUGGUCUUUUGACAUACCUGGUAACAAGCAGAUAGUGCCUAAUAAACUGCCCAGAUUCAGGACC